AUGACAGAAAAUAAACCCCGCAUCAUCCUCGAGAAAUCCAGCACCGUGCGACGCCGGUACCAGCGCAGCAACAAGGUCUUCAGAUUCACCGCUGAGCAACUGAGGCGCAUGGAACGCGAGGAACAACAAGCGAAAAGGGCCAAAGAGAUCCGCGAAAAGGAUGCGAGACGAAUCGCCAAUAAGAAAAAGAAAGCGGAGGCUGAUGCGAAGGCCCGUGAAGAGGCUAGACGACUGGGUGUGCCUGAUCCGAACGCGGGCAAGAUCCCGGCUAGUCAGCCUUUGCUCUCGAAGUUCUUGUGCUUUGGUAAACCUUCUCGGUCUGAAGAGUCAGCUAAGAGUUUAGUACCCGGGCCUGAUCCCAAGACUGCCCCGGAGGAAUCUGCACAUGAGGAUUCCUCACCCGAGCCGGUCGAUGAACAUGUAUGCGACGAGCCUCCACCUGACCCCCUCGAUGAACCUGUACACGAGGAACCUUCAACCGGGCCUUCCCAUGAACCUGUACACGGAGAACCUUCACCCGAGCCUGUCAAUGAACUCAAAAGCGACGAGUCCCCAACCGUCCCUUCUCACGCACCGGCAUACGACGAGCCCUCACCAGGGCCUUUUGAUGGAAGCACAUACAAGGAGACUACACCCGGGCUUGUCAAUGAACCUACAAACCACAACCCUCCACUCGGCUCUGUAAUUCCCGCCUUGGCUUUGCCUGAAUACCAAAAUGAUUUUGGAUACAUGGACAUGGACAGCCAAGCCGGAGAUACUGAGCCAGAUUCGGACUACUUUGAUGACCUAGACGAGGACAUGGAAAAAGAACUAUAUGGGCUCGAAGAUGCGGGUGCAUCGAAUGAUAUCAUUUCACAUAAUCUUCCUCUACAUGUGAGCCAAGAGCCCAUAGGCAAGACCAGGGAUGAUGAUGAAUUUUCUGAUUGCUCAGCGUUCGACGAUGAGGAUAUCAUAAAAGGCGUCGAAGCGGCCGCUGCCACACGAGCAAAUCGUCCUGCAAUGCAGCCCCCUAUGAUUAACAAUACAUUAUUGCAGCCACCGAUUAUUCAACCACACCCAAAGAAUGGUACAAGCCCCCUGGCUUCAUUUGCUGGCUCGCUCAAUGAAUCCUUCCGCGAUGACACGGCCGACUUCUUGGAAGAUGUCUUCGCACGUGGCUCUGGUGAAUCGUUCGGAGAGCUUAUGCAACUGGGCUCAUAG